AUGACGCAGUGCACCACCCAGCGAGAUUCCUCAGCUGGCCUCGGUCAACCCAAUCUGGAUGCCAUCGAUCAAUUGACUCGCUUUGGGCAGACCCUCGACGUCCAGGCCUGGCACCGGCACGACUGGGCGACCACACCAACGCCAACUCCGCCGCCACAACACCACAGCCGUCCUACACACCCUCUUCCUCCACCACCACCACCACCACCACAACAACAACAACACCAGCACUAUCAGCAACACCACCACUCACAUCACCCACCUCAACCACACACCUCGGGCUACCCUUCACAGCCAUACCCGGCUCAAACCACUGCUCCAGCCACAUCCCCAGACACUGUCUCGCACUCUCCACGCGCGCACUCUCCCUUCCAUGCCCCGGCACUCACCUCUACCGCCCCGGCAGACUUGCGAUUGGCCCACCGCCCCAUGACCGCAGAGUCGAGACCGCCGCACCCCAUGGCCACGGCUACACGCAAGCGUAGCCGCGACGACUUUGAAAUCCACCAAGAUCCUCCUCACGCCCGCACAGAGGACACGGAGAUGAUGGCCGAGUCAGAACAACACACGGAAGAGGUUGAAGAGGAGGAGGAUGCUGAAGAACCCUCCGACGAGAGCUCCGAUGAGGACGAGGUCGUUGACACAGGUGUCCAACGCGACAUGGACCGCCUACAAGAUACCUUUCCUGGGUUCCCCCAAAAAUAUCGACUCAUCAAGAGGAUUGGUGAAGGCACCUUCUCCACCGUCUACAAGGCAGAAGACCUUCAGUACGAAUUCUACGACAACAGCUGGGACAUUGAAGAGAAGGACAAUCUCGCAGCAAAGUGGACCUCGCCGCCCCUGAAGCCUCACGCCAGCAAUACAUCAGCAACCCGCGAACCACGUCGCCGCGCCAGAUAUGUCGCCAUCAAGAAGAUUUAUGUUACCUCGAGCCCCAACCGCAUCCUCAACGAGCUCGAGCUCUUGCACGACUUGAAAAGCUGUGCCGCUGUGUGUCCCUUGAUCACAGCCUUCCGGUCCACUGACCAGGUUAUUGCUAUACUACCAUACUUCCGUCAUGAGGACUUCCGCGACUACUUUCGCCAAAUGAAGGUCUCAGAUAUGGCCAUCUACCUCCGCAGCCUGUUCACGGCCCUCAAGGCCGUCCACGAACACAAGAUCCUUCAUCGCGAUAUAAAACCAACAAACUUUCUCUACGAUCCUCAAUCACGCCGCGGCGUGCUAGUCGACUUUGGGCUUGCUGAACGUGAAGGGUCCGACAGCAAACCGUGUCUCUGCCACGAGAGCAAAGACGUCCGCAAACAGAGAAUCACCAACAGUGCGGCUUCCCAAAAUGGGCCUCAGCAGGGAUAUCCAAAGACAGAUACUCGGCCGUCCAGGAGGGCGAACCGUGCCGGCACAAGAGGUUUCCGUGCGCCCGAGGUAUUGUUCAAGUGCACCGAGCAGACGACCAAGAUUGACAUCUGGUCAGCGGGUGUCAUUCUUUUGACAAUCAUGAGCAAACGAUUUCCUUUCUUCAAUAGCGCUGACGAUGUGGAGGCCAUGAUUGAGAUCGCAACCAUCUUUGGUGUAAAAAGGAUGAAGCAGGCAGGCCUCCUGCACGGUUGCAUGUUUGAGACUAACAUCCCCACCGUCGGCAGCGCUGGCUUUUCGCUUGGAAAAAUCAUACUCUGGUCCACCUGCCGUACCGAUGGCGGCAAGGACGGUCAGCCGGGCAUCCCCCUGACCGACGAGGAGAAGCUGGCUGUCGACUUUUUGGAGCGCUGCAUGGAACUCGAUCCUGCUCGACGCAUCAGUGCCAAGGAGGCGCUGGAGCACGAGUUCCUCCGGGAGCCAAAGCCGAAGCAGUCGGUGGAGGUGGUAGACAUCGAGGACGAUGAUGAGAUGGAUAUUCUGGAGGCGUAA